AUGUGGGCCGAAGCCCGGUCGAAGUUUGAGUGGCUGCUGCCCGAGAAUAUUCGGGACGGGAAGGGGAGGAGGCCUGGCGAGCCAGGGUACGAUUCGCGAAGUGUAACCAUCCCGCGUGCGAUCUUUGACAAGCUGUCAGCGUCGCAGAAGCAGUACUGGGGCACGAAAAGUCGCUACAUGGACACCAUUCUCUUCUUCAAAGUGGGCAAGUUCUACGAGCUGUACGAGGUGGACGCGGAGGUGGGCCACAAGGAGCUCGACUGGAAGCUCACUGUCAGCGGCGUGGGCAAGUGCCGCCAGGUGGGAGUCCCCGAGAGUGGCAUAGAGGACGCUGUUCAGAAGCUCGUAGCCCGAGGCUACAAGGUUGGGCGCAUGGAGCAACUGGAGAGCAGCGAGGAGGCCAAGGCGAAGAGAGGGCCAGGGGCGAUGGUGCAGCGGCAACUCAUGCAGAUUCUCUCCCCAGCCACCCUCACAGAGGGGUCUCUCAGACCCGAAGCCGUGCACCUCCUGGCGAUCAAAGAGGUCAUCACAGAACCUGCGACCAGCAACAGCGCCGCCAGCAUUGAAAACAUCAUUAGCAGCAGCAGCAGCCUUAACGGGACGCCUAACAGCACCCCGACCAGUGUUGCUUCUGGGUCUAUCCUCGUCGGCUUUGCGUUUGCUGACGUGGCGGGCGGGAACGUCUACGUGGGUGCCAUGCGGGACGACUCCUCCCGCUCCGCCCUCUCAGCUCUCCUUGUCCAGGUGGCCCCUCAGGAGCUGCUGUUCGAAUUAGACGGUCUCUCCACCGACACGAGGAAACUUCUGCGAAGGAGCUCAGGCCCGGGAAUCCUCCCGACGCAGCUGACAGCCCUGGCGCCAGGUUCGGAGUUUCCCGAGCCUAAAGCAGCGGUGGCUCGUCUAAAAUCAUCUGGCUUUGGAACCGUGCAAGAGUCCCCACAGAGAGAGCCAUGCCACGGGAGGGGGGCGGAUUCUCUAGUGCGGUUGCUGGUGGGAGGGGGAGAGGAGGAGGCGGAGGUAGCAGCAGCAGCGCUUGUGGCGCUAGGCAGCCAUCUGGAGCGAUUAAAGUGGACCCCAUCAGUGCUCGCCUCGCUCGCCCUGCGCCCCUACUCCGUCUUCUCGGGUUCGCUGCGUCUGGAUGGGCAGACUCUCAGCAAUUUGGAGCUGCUCAGCAACACGCACAACGGCAGCACACAGGCCUUUCUCACUCACCCUCCUCCCCUCCCCUCCUCCUCUCCUGCCCGCCUGCCUUCCUCACUCGCCCUCUUCACCAUCCCCGAACGCACAGGCACUCUUCUCGGUUUUCUAGAUACCUGUGCCACGUCAGCAGGCAAGCGCCUUCUCCGCCGUUGGAUCUGCCACCCGCUGCGCUCCAUCCGCGAGAUCGAGCGCCGGCUGGACGCCGUCGAUGAGCUGGCGGGCUCGUCGCUCGCCACGUCAGUGCUGUCAUCCGCCACGUCAGCAGCACACGCACGGGGAGAAAUCCGGGUGGCGAUGAGGCGACUGCCGGAUCUGGAGCGCCUGAUUGGUCGAAUGAGAGCCAUGGGGGCACAGGCUAAAGGCGGGGGGGGAGGCGGGGGAGAGGAAGGGAAUUGGGAGAGGGCCAGAGGAAGGGAGGACGGGAGAGGUGGAGAGGGAGGGAGAGGAGAGGUGGGAGGAGGGGAGGUGGAGUGGGGGGGUUUAAGGUCUGCUCUAGAGGCGCUGCUUGGACCAAUGGCGGAACAACUGCUGAGGAAGCAGGUGAGGAAGCACAGUCAUGAGAAUGUCACUCAGUUCUGCUCUGCAGUGCGAGGGGUGCGUGCAGCGCUCCUCUUCCUCCACUCCCUCCGCAACAGAGCUCUGAGCCCCCUCGAGCUGUCCCAUUCACCCCCCUCUUCUCUUCCCCUCCCAGGUCACUCAGUUCUGCUCUGCAGUGCGAGGGGUGCGUGCAGCGCUCCUCUUCCUCCACUCCCUCCGCAACAGAGCUCUGAGCCCCCUCGAGCUGUCACCCAGUUCUGCACUGCAGUGCGGGGAGUGCGUGCAGCGCUCCUCUUCCUCGAUUCCCUCCGCAACGGGUCGCUCACCGGGGAGCCCGUUGCCUUCCGCUCUGCCAUCCUACGUGGCAUCAUGCGAUUGGCUCCUGCUGCUGCUUCUGCUGACAGCAGAGAGGGCGGCCGGGAAGAGGAGGAAGAGGAGGAGGAGGAGGAUGAGGGAGGAGGAGGAGGUGGAGGAGGAGGAGAAGGGGCAGGGGUGAGGAACAGCCACGUGAAUAACGGUUACAGCAAACAUGGUUGGGGAGAUGAGAGGGGUCGUUCAAGCACGGUCCAUCCUUCUCAUUCAGGGGCAAGGACGAACGGCACGGAGGAGAUGAGCGGUCGCCGUGCGCUGGCAGUUCUGGAUGAGAUAGAGCAGUUUAUUCUGUGGCCGACCGCAGUCCAGGGGAAGGCAGGUGCCACUGGGAAGGGGAGAGGCAGCGGCGGGUCGAGAGGUGGCGGCGGUGGUGGCAGCAGCAACAGCAGCAGCAGCUGUCCUCGUCUGGUCUCCCCUGAUGACAGUGUGAUGAAUCUAGUGACGAAUGCCAAGAAGGCUGGGACAGGGAGCAGCAAGAACCAGAACAAAAGCAGCGGCAAGUUCAACAGCAGCAGCAACGGUAGCAGCCAUCUGGGUGAAGCUGUGGCAGCAGAGGCGCGUAUGCUCUCUGCUCUGCUGAUGCGAUUCUCCUCGCUCCUCCCCUUCUGCUCGCUCCUCUGCGACUCCCUCGCCCGCUUUGACAUCCUCCUCGCCUUUGCUGAUGUUUCUCAGACCGCCGCUGCUGGAGCUGCUGGCGGUGCUGGUGGUGGUGUUGGUGGUGCAGGGCCAAUGUGUCGCCCCACGUUUGUGGCAGCAGGGAAGGGAAGCGGGUCAGGGGGAGGGAGCACGUUUCAUGCGAGGGGCCUGUGGCACCCGUUUGCUGUGGGAGCCGGUGGUGGUGUUGUGGUUCCCAAUGACGUCCAGGUGCUCUCAACACUAGGUCCAGGUGCUCUCAACACUAGGUCCAGGUGCUCUCAACACUACGUCCAGGUGCUCUCAACACUAGCCCCAGGUACGUUCAUGGUGGAGUGCAGGGAGGCAGCAGCAGUGCUGCGGUGCGCCACAAAGGACUCCCUAGUCAUUCUGGACGAGCUGGGCAGGGGCACGUCCACCUUCGAUGGAUACGCCAUCGCACAUGCUGUAUUGAACUACCUCACCUCGCGCCUUGAUUGCCGGCUCCUAUUCGCGACACACUACCAUCCCCUCACCUCCGAGUUUGCGGGCCAUCCACAAAUCGCACUGCGACACAUGGCAUGCCAAGUGCAGGCACGCAAGGGCGGCGACGGGGAAGAGGACGAGGAGCUUGUCUUUUUGUACAAGUUGCAAUCUGGUGCCUGUCCGAAGAGCUAUGGAUUGAAAGUAGCGUCUAUGGCCGGAAUUCCUUCUCGUGUGGUGGCCAAUGCAUCACGGGCAGCUUCGGCUCUUGAGCAUGAGCUGAGUGAUAAGUUUGACAAUCCUGAGCCGCUUGCAGCAAGCACAUUGCUUGAUAUGGAGCGGUCAUGGGUGCAAACGCUGCAAGGGGUUGCGUCAUUUGGUGCUUCUGGUGGCGGAGUUCCCGAUGAGGAUGCGGACGAUAUGUCAUGGAAGAAAGAGUCAGAAUCAAGGAGGGUUGCACAUUCUGCUGCUGCCGAGGGACUCCUACCUGUGUCAUUUGUGAACCCAAACGAAUCGCGCCAGCAGCAAGUUACAUUUGAUAUCCCAGAAUCAUGUGACGGAGCGGAUUUCCUGUCAGUGGCUGGAUGUGAAAUUUCGCAUUUCUUCAACCGCCGCUGGAAGUGGAUGCAGAAUUAUUUUGUGGAGUCAGAAAAUCAGCUUCUCUCUCACAUUCACCAGGUGGCAAUGCCAUUUCUCUACACUCUCGUUCUCUGGUCUCUUUUCAUGGCUCUUCAGUGGGGUCUUAGUCAAGCUAGCCGCUGUUCCCCAUCCUUCUUCCAGCUGUGGGGGUUGCAGCUAUUUGUCUGCCUUGCUGCUGCAGUUAGCACUGUGCGAGGACAGCUGCGCAUGCAUCCAACAACAUUCAGGCCUACGUCUCUGAGCCCAAAUCUUGUUCGGCUUUUCUCAUCGAACUCCCGCAUUUCCCGCUUUUUAAAGAUUUCGGUGAUCAUGGCAUGUGCUGGUGCUAUGGCUGGGAUGGUGGGCAUUGGAGGAGCGCUCAUCUUCAACCCAUAUCUUCUUAGCCUUGGCCUUCACCCACAGUGCGUUACGAUGUCUGUCGAUUCACCUACCGCUCACGAGCUUGACCUAAAACGCAAAUUCGCGGAGAUUCCAAACCGUUAUGACUUGGAUUCUCCAACCAAGCGCCUUCGCGGCGUGCGGCAGCGCUCGUGGGGCAAGUGGGUGUGCGAGAUCCGCGAGCCGCGCACGCGCGCGCGCGUGUGGCUGGGAUCGUACAGCACCGCGGAGGAGGCCGCGCGCGUCUACGACACCGCCGCGCUCAUGCUGCACGGCGCGCGCGGCGCGGAGCGCCGACUCAACUUUCCCGAGGCUCUUCAAGCGGACGGGGGAAUCCGCCCCGUUAUAGUGUCGCGCACUAUAGCGGAAGGUCUGCUCCGCGUCGUCAAUGCUCUGACUCUUUCGCAGCAGUCACCAUCCAAACAAGACAAUUCGAGCAAUCCAUCUUGUUCUAAUGAUAUGAUUCUCGAUGCGUCCACCUCUGCUGCGGGGUCCAGUGCCAGCCGCCCUACCGGUGCUACCGCAUCUGUCCCCACGGUUCACGCUAGCCCCACCUUUACCGGCGAGUGGGUGCGGCUCGAGGUUACCGGCUCCAACGUGGUCUUCUCCGAUUGCGCGCACCCGGAGAUCGCCACCACCGCGAUUCCCGCCGCCGGUCGCGGCGGCGUCUUUCCAGAUGCGUCGUCCGUCAAAUCCCCGACGGCGAACGGCCAGAUCUCGCCGAAACGUGCCGCCGCCGCUCCGAAUGCCGCCACCCCCGCCGAUCCAAGCGCCGGCGCCGGCACGUCUGGCAUUGCGUCAGCAGCCGCGUCGCGAGUUGCCUCGGAGAUGGAUUUCGUCAGCAGCCGCGUCGCGGCGCCUGCAGGUUCAUUUUCCGCUGCCCUCUCGCUCUUCUCCGACGCGCCUUCCACCUUUUCCCCCGGUCCCCCCGUAAUCGUCCCCUCCCGCCGUUCCUCCGCCCUAUCUCUCCCCGGAAGCCCUAUGAGCGGAAUGGGGCACAGCCCGUCGCGCUUCCGCUCACCCUCCCGCUCGCCGCUGCUCUCCCCGCAGUUCCCCGGCCCGUCGUUCGGCGGCUCCCGCCCCUUCCCCGCAACCACUGCCCCUUCCUCCCCGCGCGCGAUUAGCGCCUCCGCUUCUUCCGCACUCUCCGCGUUCGCGCUUCCGCCAGCGUCGUCGGUCGCCGCUCCCGCCAGCGCGGCGGAGCUCUCGCGCGCGCUGCUCGCGCACCCCACCUUCGCGCACCUCUGCGCGCCUUCCGCCCAGCCCGCUGAGACCCUCACUGCGGAUCAGAUCCCGGUUUCCACUGCAGAUCAGAUUGCCACUGCCAAUCCCGCCAUAGACUUUCCUCCCCCUACUGCCACAGCUGCUACCAACUCUGCUCCAAUCGCUGCUACUCUUGCCGCUCCCCCCAGUGCUCCCAGCGGCAAUUGUGCAGUUCAAAUUCCAGACAGCAAUUUCACAAGCUACGCCUCUUUUGCUCCGUUUCUCACUGAUCUGGGACAGGAGGACAGCGAUAUUGUUAACAGCAGAUCUAGUAUCGCGGAUAGCAGCAGCAUGGACACGUCAUCCCCUACUGCUAAGGGAGGGCCCUUGCAGCAGCCCCCAACCGUCUCCCCCCAGGCUCCUCUCGACCUUCCCAGUUUUUCCUCUCAACCGCUUCUCAACCUGCCCAGCUUUUCCAAGGCAGCGCCGGACCAAACGGGCUCCCUGCCUCGACUGCCGAGCCUGCCGGGGGAGUUCCCGUCGCUGCCGAGCCUGCCGGCAGAGUUCCCAACGCUGCCGAGUUUAGAUUGGAACGAGAUUGAAGAGUGUCUGGGGAAGCCAGAGGGAUCAGUGCUCACUACCUGA